AGGAGAGGAGGGGGAAAGGGGGGCGCGGCGAUGCACAGAUCGGGGGCGGUGAUGGCGUGGAACGUGUUCAAGUUUUGCACGGCGCUCCGAGGGCUCGGAUCCCUCAUGAUCGCCCUCGUCCUCGGCAUCGUCGGCGUCACCUACUACGCCGUCGUCGUCUCCAACUACGGCCCCGCCCUCUUCGGCGGCGCCGCCGUCGCCGGAGGCCUCGGCUCCCUAGUCGCCCUCGCCGUCCUCGUCCUCUUCCACCUCCUGUUGAUAAUGCUUUUGUGGAGCUAUUUUACUGUGGUACUAACGGACCCCGGAAGUGUUCCCCUGAAUUGGAAGCCGUCGGUGGAUGAGGAGAGAGGAGAAAACUCCCCAUUGACUGGCUUAGAAUUGCAGCAGUCUGGUGCUUUAACUGAGACGGGAAGUCCAAGAGUAAGGUAUUGCCGGAAGUGCAGCCAGUUCAAGCCGCCUCGUUGCCAUCACUGUUCUGUUUGUGGAAGAUGUGUGCUGAAGAUGGAUCACCAUUGUGUAUGGGUUGUAAAUUGCGUUGGUGCUUUGAAUUACAAGUAUUUUCUUCUCUUCCUGUUUUACACAUUUCUCGAGACAACUCUUGUUACACUGUCUCUAUUGCCCCAUUUUGUCGCCUUCUUCAGUGAUACAGAGAUCCCUGGAACUCCUGGAACACUUGCAACCACCUUUUUAACAUUUGUGUUAAACCUGGCUUUUGCUUUGAGUGUUCUGGGGUUCCUGAUCAUGCACAUUUCAUUGGUUUCUGCUAAUACAACCACCAUUGAGGCAUAUGAGAAGAAAACCACUCCAAAAUGGAAGUUUGAUCUGGGCCGGAAGAAGAAUUUUGUUCAGGUUUUCGGAACUGACAAGAGAUACUGGUUCAUCCCCACAUACUCUGAGGAGGAUUUACGAAGAAUGCCGGCUCUACAGGGCCUCGAGUAUCCAACUAGGCCCGAUUUGGGUGCGGAAGAGUUAUAAUAAAAGAAUUCAUUUCGUACGGCUUUUCACCUUCGAGAUCCAAAAUUAUAACCUGUUCAACUUCCAUUAAUCUUUUCUUAUAGAUAAAUGGAAGUGUGCACGGUGAUCUAAUAGCACCUAAUUAUUUAGCACCUUUCGAAUGUUGGCGGCUUCAACACUCCGAUAUGUGCAUAAGGUAACUUAUUUAAAGAAUUAUUCGUAAAUUUUUUGAACUGUUUUGCUGACACGGAAAUUAAAAAGGAAUAGUUCCAGGGUUGUAUGGUUUUAAGAAUGGUUCGGUUGGGUUGUAAAAUGUUGUUGAUGUAUUUAGUUAAUAUAAGGUGAGGUAAGCAUGUAGGGUUUAAACUUG